AAUACCAAAUUACCAACACCAAUAAUUUAGCCAAACCCAAAAUCCGUUGACAUGAACUUUCCCAAUUCCAUACUCAUCUUAACUUAUUUCCUUUUCUUCUUCAACAUUCAUCAAAAGCAUAUAGUGGCACUAGCAACCAUAGAGACAUGUUUAGACACUUUUUGCCACACUAAUCAACCACUAAUCCGAUUUCCAUUCCAUAUAGAAGGAAAACAAGCAAAGACAUGUGGAUAUCAAGGAUUCAAAGUAUCAUGCAAUGAAAAUGAAAAAACUCAAACACUUCUCAAUCUACCUUAUAUGAAAAAACUCAAAAUCCAAAAAAUAAACUAUGCCAAACAAGAACUUUUGGUGAAUGAUCCCAAUAAUUGUCUCCCAAAACAACUUCUAUCACUUAACCUCUCUUCUUCUCCAUUUGAUGCUGUUUACUAUCAACAAUUUACCUUUUUUAACUGCUCCUUUAACUUGGAAUACCUUACCUCUAAGUACAAACCAAUAGCUUGUCUUAGUGAUUUUCCGAAAUAUGUUGUUUUCGCAACGCCUUCUCUUAGUGUGUUUGUGCACUUAUCGUCUAUUUGCGAUUUGGUUGACACCGUGAACGUGCCAGUUAAAUCGCCGUUUUUUGAUCAAGUGUUGUCGUCUGAACUUGACGAUGACCUUCGAUUGUCAUGGAAUUCGCCGGCGUGUGGUAGGUGUGAGUCUCAUGGUGGACGAUGUGGCUUUCAAGUUAACUCUACUUUUGAAAUUGAUUGUUACAAUGUCCCUCCACGACAAGGGAUUUCCCGUGGUGCAAGUUACGCCAUAGCUAUAUGUGUAGGGGUGCCAUCUUUGUUGUGCUUUAUUUCACUGUUAAGUUGGAUAUGCAGCAAGUUUAGAUUUGGGACUCAUGGUUGGGCUUGGGCUCACGACACGGUGGCCGAUUUUGAGGCUCUUCUUGAUCCACAACAAUACACAAACAUUUCAGGUCUUGAUAAAUCUACGAUUGAAUCUUACCGGAAAAUAGUUAUAGGUGAUAUCAUACACUUACCUAAAUCUAAUGGCAAGACAUGCCCUAUAUGUUUGUCAGAUUAUAUGCCUAAAGAAACAGUGAAAACUAUGCCCGAAUGUGAACAUUGCUUUCAUGCACAAUGCAUCGAUGAAUGGCUUCUGCUGAAUGCAUCAUGUCCAAUUUGUCGAACUUCUCCUACAUGUGUACCAUCACAAAAUCUAGCUCAAUCUUGACCAUAAGGCUUAAUUUUGCCGUUUCGGUGCACCUAACAAGUCUAGUAUUGCUCGAAAGUCAAGUCUAGCUUCAACUCAACAAGUAUUUUUUUAAAAAUGACAAAACUGUGAAGAACUUAUAUCUAAUACAAACAAUAUCUCAUAAAGAAGCUGACUGAUUUUAUUUUUGUUUGUAAAUGUCAUUUUUAAGGAAUUCCUUGAGCUUUAUAGGAUUUUUAGGGGUUCCUUGGGCUUUGUAAGCGUGAUGCCAAUUUGGUGAGUUGUGGUUUUUGUAACUUUUGUAAUCUUUGUCUAAUGAUCACAUCUUGUGCUUA